AUGAUGGAUCGCCGACCACAGUUUAUAACCGUACCUAGCUAUCCUUCUCUCCUAAAACAUGAAACUUCUCACUCCUCACCACUCUCACCACUGACCCCACCUCGACGACUUCAUCAACGCAGUCUACUACCCAGUCCACCCGUCUCACCACAUCUCCUCAAACCCCCACCUCCUAUCCCAUACCCAUGGAUAUGGCGCUGUCACAUAUGUCACUCCGUCUACCGUCUCGGCGUCACACGUCGCUGCCUCGAAGAUGGCCACUACUUCUGUUCCCUACCCACCCCGCCUCCAUCCCCACAUUCCGACUCCCCCGUAUCCCCAUCCCCAUCAUCCAGAUCCCUCCCCUCCCUCAUCCCACCCCCCAAGAAAAAGAAAAAACGCCGUCGCCAACCUCGCGGCUGCCGCGCCGAAUUCGACUACACAGGCUGGGAACACUACAACCACUGGCGUCGCGAGACCUCCCUCCUAAAAUCCGAAUCCCAUUCCCUACACAAUCCACACUUCGUCCCCCCUCUCAAAAUCGGCAAAGACUGUUUUCGCGACUGCGAUUUUCCUUCGGAAUGUCAAACCCUCCAUUUGCGUUCGGCUAUUACACCCAACACGAGGAAAAAGAGCGAACCAGAGCUGAUUUUCCCCAUUUCUCCUAUAAGUCCCGAGGAAAGACAACGUAUAGAAGAUGAACGCGAAGAUCAACAAUUGAUCUUCGAUAUUGCAGCCACGACACCACCAGCUACGCGUCCUAAAGAAAUACAUAUCCCCUCCAAUCUCAUCCCCGCCAUUUCCUCUCCUAAUCUCAGUAUCCUCGCCGAACGCGAACGACGCAGGAGUCUCGAAGCUGAAAAACGCGGAUUAGAACACGAGGCGCAAUUUAUCGUGAGUCCUCUCACGAGCCAUACCGCCUUUGCAGCCAUCAAUUACGGAUCUUCCAAGGGAAAAGAACGCGAAAAUGAAAAUGAAAACGAAACCAAAGAAACCAAAACCGAUGGAUUGGGCGUGGCGUACUCCCCUGAACUCGAUGAUCAAGCAGGAGAAGAAGAAACGGAAGAAGAUGAAAAGGGCUAUGUGCGGGAAUUCAUUCGCGUCAAGAAACGAAAGAGUAUAGCGAAGAUUGAACAACUUACCGGGUUAAAGUUGUCCGAGGUGCAGUAUGGGAAGAUGGUGGGGGAGGUGGUGGAUGGGGAGGGGGAUGCGGGGGUUGGCAAGGGAGAGGGGGAGGGAAGUACAAGUCGGAGGGCGAGUGUCGAGGUUGAGAGUCCGCCUAGUAGUCCGUUGAAGAUGUUUUAUACAGUGGAGGAUAGUGAUGAUGAAGAUGAGGUUGAUGAGGUCACCCCGUGGGAGGGACAGAGGGUAUUGUUCCCUUGA